GCUUGUUAUGGAGGCCUCAGUCUCGGCUCGCCUGGGCAGUAGGCAACACGGCCGACGCCGGAGCACCGCGCCAAGUAUCCGACCGGGGAGCUCCGGGGACGUUCUAAAGAUAGAAAAGCGCGCGCCGCCGAUGCGCUUCGCGCCGCGCUACCACGACGAGAAGCGCGUCCGUCCGCGCGACGACGCGGCGACGCGGGCUUUCACCGAGCGACAGCGAUUACGAGCUAAUGUUCCGGAGAUUGAGAAAUCUCAAGAUGUUUAAGGAAUGACUAGUCGCAUCCUCACAAACUUCGUGAAUCCAGUGAAGUGAAUUGUUGAUAAGAGUCUCGUAUAAUUAAAGGGACAAACGAUAUAAAAAUGACAGGUACAUGAAGAUACGUCGUAUAUAAACUUUGCCGAGAAGUUAAUGAGCCUAACGAGAUUCUGAAGAGGGGAAACUGAAGUUAUUGUCGUGAAACAAUGUAAAGACGUCAUUUGUACGCUUAAUGAGUAUAUACGGGUCUUAACGGAAGGACAGGAGAAAGUGAGAAGAAAAAAGAGAAAAGGGGAUAAAGAGGACAAACGCGGUUGAAUAAAAUGUGAGAUGGAAACCUGAUAACGUGGAAUAAAACAAAAAAAAACGGAACAAAACAAACUUAAUAAACAGAUAGAUAUCCAGUAAAAUGAGAAAACGAGGCUAUCCUGCACGCUGAAAAGGAAGACUGCAAAAGAAAAGGAAAGGAGAUACGUUUAAAGAAAAUUAGAAAAAACUGCCUUGGAGUAAAACAAUUAAAUAGGUAUCCUUGGAGAAAAAAUAAAACACGAACUUGUAUAGAAGCAUUAAAAGUGGAAAGAUCGAUAGUGGAAGAUUUAGGACCGGAAGCGAUAAAAUGUAGAAACCUUGGUGAAAAGGAAAAAGGAAGAUAUUUGGCAGAGGUGAGAUUGAUGUCGAAGGGAAAGUGGUGGGCGAUGGGAAGUUAGAUAAAUGAACUCACCGAGUGGAAAACUUGGCGAAGCCAAGAGGAACGCGGCAAGGAUACGCGGGACUUAAGUGAAGGAUAACCGCGAAGAGAAGCGCAUUCGAAGAUCGAAGAUGAAUGGCGAGAGGAGAACGGACUAAAACGUGAAAUCGUCACGUCUCGACUGUGAGAAACGAUAAAUAUAUGCCUACGCCACGGGUACAUUGGAUGCUACGUGACAAGGUUUGCGAGAAGAGGAGACACUUUCGCGAAGCUCAUCUCGUUUAUCUCCGCGCUGUCAACGAUGGCGAACGUUCGUUCGCGGGUGAGCAGCUUCGAAACGGCCGAUUUGCUUUAAAACACACGUGCUCCCAUCGUACGUGCCCCCAUCGUGAUCGUGUGACACGUCGAAGGGGGGAUACAUGGACGCGAAUCGUAUUCCGCCGAUUGUAUCGGUCGCAAAGUGUUCAUGCGUGCGGUAAACCGCUCCGAUCGUCCGUUCGUAGCGAUCGCAUCGACAGAGACAAUAGAUAUACGCAGAUUCCUUGAAUUCUCGACCACGUGCACUGUGUUCAGGAAUAUAAUGUAAGGAUCUCGCAGCGGAGACUUAAAAAGUCAUUGGGAUAAGACUAUUCGUCCGGAGCGUAUUUUUACUGCCGACUUGAGAGAAACCAAGAUUCAGUCUUCGCCGUCGCCGUCGUGUCGUCAUCGAUCCCCAACGGCUCGUCGGUACAUAUAGAGAACUUCGUUCUCAUAGUGUAGUGCAAUCUCUCGUUCUGUCGAUGCGGCGGGAAGUACGACGGAAGUGGCAGGGAGCGGAAGCGAUACCGAAACCGAACGCGGGGUGCUGCCGCGCGAUCUACGGGUUUCGUGGUGCGGGGUGGUGGUGAUCGUCCCCCGUUGUGGAUCGCCUCAGUUAGUGUCUUCCGCGACUCGGGGAGAAGUCGCGGCCAGGACUCGCCGUCGCAACAUGGGCUGCGAACUUAGCAAACUAGCCACCACGAAAUCGCGCAAUCAAGCCGGAAACGAUGGCGCGUCGCCGCCGCCGCCGCCGCCGGCCGCCACGGAUCCUCGGCUUCCGCUCACGGCCAGGCAAAAAUUUACGGUUAUCGCCAGCUGGAAAGCGGUCUCUAGGGCACUGGAGCCCACGGGUAUAUACAUGUUCAUAAGGUUAUUUGAAGAGAAUGCGGAGCUACUAAAUAUGUUCACGAAGUUUCGGGAUUUAAAGACAAAGGAGCAGCAAUCUACGAGUAUGGAACUGGCCGAGCAUGCGAAAACGGUCAUGUCCACUCUCGACGAAGGUAUCAAAAGCCUGGACGACAUGGACGCGUUUCUCACGUAUCUUCAUGAAGUCGGGGCCUCUCACACGAAAAUCCCCGGCUUCAACCGGCAAUACUUUUGGAAAAUCGAGAAACCGUUUCUGGAUGCGGUGGAACGCACGCUGGAGGACCGAUACUCGGAAAACGUUGAAAACAUCUACAAGCUGACGAUCAAGUUCAUCAUCGAGACGCUGAUCGACGGCUUCGACAAGGCACAGAGUGAUAAGGCCAAGUCCUAGUCGUCCUAGUCCCAAGGAUCCGGCACGCACGCGAUCGCCCUCGAUCCUGCGAGAUGUUGAACCGCUCCCCCAGGUUGGCUCGGUCCCCCCGACGCCUGGACGGUAGAAAGCCAGCCGCCGCAGAUUCUUGAGAAGACAACGUCGGGGACGUCGUCGUUCUCGCGUUGAUUCGUGCGACGUCAACACGUCGCGACUAUACGUUUCUUCGCGGUUUCCCGAGAAACGCGAGAAAUGCGAGCGCGUGGCGUUUUUACACGCCACCGCCCUCGCUGGCCUGAGAGAUCUUUUUCCCCCCUCGAGCGGGUCUCGCCAUUAAACGUCUCCGGAUAUUAAGAUCACGGUUCCGAGUUAAUCCCUCGGGACCUCUUCGCAAAAACCGCGCCGCAACGCGAAGCGAAAGAGCCACGCGGCUCUCCCGACGGUCGAAGGGUUCUUUCCUUUUAUCUGUUCGACUUAUGGUCAAUGCUUGAUUGAAUUUGCGAUUUUAUAAGCAAAAGUUCUGUCUAAAUGACAGAAAGGUCCAAAAAAAACGUAUGAAAACGUUUGAAAACGUUUCCGAUCGGUUUUUAAAUAUCUUCGCGUCUUUUAAUAUCGUUUUACCAAAAUGUUUAGAGAUAUUUAUUGGUGAAAAUGAAAACGUGUCAAAACAACUCAAAAUAUAUUUCGCAUCUACAUGAUAUCAGAAAUUGGACUUGAGCCAUAAGUUUUGAUUAGAUCUUUUCGGCGAAUCCACACAUGUAAUUUCGUUAACGUCAAUUUUCAUAUAAGUUUAACUGAGUCUUCUCCUCCUCCUCCUAAUGCCAAUCCCGGGAAAGGAGCAAAGAGUAGAUUAAACUGAGAUUAAAGCAUACCGACAGCAGUGAAAGUAACCCGUAACCGCUAUAAUUGGAAGUUUAUCCGAAAUUUACCGAGUGAUCGACCGACUUUUUACAAACAGUGCCAAAAUAGUAGGAAAAUUAACUUUUGGUAGAGAGAGAGAUUUGCCUUUGAGAUUCUGUGAAUUAUAUGUAUAUUUUUUUACAUGCAAAAUAUUGUCCGCGAACAAAUUCUAGGAGAUAAAAAUGAAUACGUUCCGGGAAUGGAAUACGUGCUUUUGUGAAUUUGUGACACGGAGGAAAGGUACUUCAACUCAUGCUGUUAUUAUUUAUUUAUUUAUUUGUCGUUUCGCUGAAAGUUUAUGUUUCAUCUCGCAUUGUCUUGCGCAUGAAACGCGUAAUAAAUGUGUUGUAGCAUUCCUGGAGAAAAACGUUAGCAUUAGCAGCAAGAGCACCGAGUGCUCUUCAAACGAGUACAUCCUCGGAUGAAGAUAGAUAUCAAAGGAACGAGAAUUCGAGUACAUCAUCUAAUUUUGUUUAUCGUGUCGCGCGCAUUUACGAGCAAACAUCCAUUUCUUUUUUCCGUCGUCUCUGUCCAUUUUCUACAUCGUCCGCUAUUUAUUUCCCUUCGUCGACGAGAUAGGCUUUCUCUAGUUUUAAUAUAUACGUUCAACAGGAGCAAAACGUAAAGUGACACAUGUCGUUAUUGAUCAGACACAGAAUUAGAAGGAAGGAAGAGGUGGGAGAGAGAGAGAGGGAGGGAAAGAGAGAGCGUUUCUCCUCCCAUUCGAUCUUAAGAGGAUUACUAAAACGUAACUUUGGUCAUCUAAAUGAUACCGCCACGUCGUGAGGACGAAAUAAACCGAAAUAAAAGAGCUCUUAUUACGAUACCAUUACCAACAAAAUAAGGUUUGACCGCCGCACACGACGUCGUUUUAAGGGUUUAUUACGUCGCAAAAGAUCUCAUUAACUUCUCACGAGUGCUAUAAAACUACCUAAUGCGUACAGAUAACGGCGAUUCUUUCGUCAAACGCGUUUCCCGCGUAAUUAACUGUGUGAGUUUACGAUAUUAAGCGCGAAAGAAAAGAUGUUUCUCCGUUCGAGAUUCCCUUUUCACGUGUUUUUUUUUUUUUUUUUUUUUUUUUUUUUUUUUUUUACUACGCCAAAGGACCUUUUACGGAUAACGAUUAUUCAUUCCGCUAAUAGCAUUAUGCCGCUUUUAUUCGCGCGGGAUCUAAAGUACCCGGCUUUUCACCGGGUAUCGUAGCUUGCGGGGUGAAAAAUUGAGUACCACCUUUCGCGGUAACGUAAAUCGUAUAAAAUUCAAUGAAUCGACAAAAAAAAAUGUACAUCGUUGCGCGUAAUGCGAGAAGGAUCGAUAUUCGUGCUUGAUUUAAUAAAAAAAAAAAUCGCUCGAGUCCAUACCAUUUAACGCUAAUCAAUGUUUACAAACGACCCUGUGGCUCGCAUUCGACGAUCUCGAUUCGAUUAUCUCGCCGAGAAGUUUCGUCCUUUUUCUCCUAAUUGAGCAUUUGCCGAUGCUGGCGGUUGUAAUCCAUACAUCGCGCAAAUUACCGUCAUUUGAAAUCGCAUCGCUCGAGUUUUGUUCCGCUACCGUUAUACCGAAACAAUUGCGAACUUCGCGAGCUUGACGCUACCGCGAUAUAUCUUCCGCGGAGAGAUCGUGUGACUCAUUCGAGUCUGCCGGCCACGCGAGAACUACGCCGGUAUUUUAUAUCCGCAUUUAAGCCCCCGCGUACACAGGGGAGGUUUGAGUUCAUCGCGGGAAUAAACCGAUUUUAUAUGCGUUUCCGACUUUCAAUACGCGCUCGAUAAUUGAUACAAACGUAGUGGCAGCGAACAAGUCAAUCGACGCCGGCUGUUUUAUUCGCGGCGGCCUUGGAUUACAUAAGUCACGCAGGAUACCCUCCCGCAAUGCAAGGCCGAAUGCAUGUGAAUGCAAGUUGUCCAUUGUCUUGAAACGAGGUCGCGGUUUAACAAUGAAAAAAAUAAAUGGCGCGAUGACGUCACUUCGUUCUUACGCGUCACAAAAAUUUGUUUGUCCAAUUUGGCAGAAAUUGUCGCGCUCGUCGUGUGAGCGUGAAAAUCUGCGGAAGAAAUCGUUGCGAAAAUCAGAGAACUCACGGUAACUUUUACAAGGAGUUUUCUUCCGCGUGAUGUAAUACGCACUUAGAUCUUGAUACACCACGUGUGCGGCGACUGACGUUUUAAUCAUUUAAUGGAACGUCGAUCGAGAUUGACGUUUACAUGCUGUUUUGUUGAUUUAACUCGUGAAGAACAGUGACAGUCAUCGAUGAUCGACAGUAUCGUAUUAAUGUAGCUCAUUGAUUUAAGAGCUACAUUAAACAUUGAUAACCAAUUGUCAAUGAAAAGCCGAUUAAACGAGUAUAUUUGUCAAAAAUUACGUUUAUAUUUCACGCACAAUUUUUCAAUUCUCGCAAAAUUAUUUGCAAGGCUAAAAUAACAAUAGCUAUUAAAUUUAAUAUCGUCAGUUUGCAUACAUAAUUUUUUUAUUUCUUGAAAUUUUUUUGAAACUUAAAGAAGAAAUUUUAUAAAGUUACUUAAAAUUAUUUAUUUAUUUAUUUAAUAAUAUAUAAUUGCCAUUAUUUUUCAUGAUAUAGCCGUCUAUUAUUAUGUAGUUUUAUUAGUUAAAAUUAUUUAUUCAUUUACUUAAUAAUAUAUAAUCGCCAUUAUUUUCCAUGAUAUGGCCGUCUAUUAUUUAUUAAUUUUUUAACUCCUGUCUCUCUCGCGCGAGAAAGAAGAACCUAACUGGCUUUCAUUCCGUAACAUGACAAUGAUCGACUGCAUAUAGUGAAUCAGGUUCAAAAAAUUGGAGGAUUAGGAUGAGAAGCAUUCUCUUAUUCAUCGUAUUCGCAUUUGCCCUAUAUAUUUUUUUCGAUCAUUAGAACACUUCUUGCGAGGAAAAAAAAGCUUUAUAAGAAGUCUGCCUUAUCCACAUUCUUCAUAUCAAACCGGUUAACUCUCCUUCAAGAAAGAAAUUAAAAAAUUAAUAAAUAAGUAGAUGACCAUAGAAAAUAAUAGCGAUUAUGUAUUAAAUGAAUAACAAAUAUUAGCAAAACCAUAUACUAUUUACAUUAUUUAUAAGAUGAUAUUACUUUCCCUCUAGUAACAGUCAAAUAAAAUUCGAAAAACAUGCUAAUAUUGAAACAAAUAAGUGACAAAUUUUUUGUAUACGUUACACGAAUGUUCCAUCAGAAUCUUGUCGAAAAAAAUGGCAAAUCUUGAUGUUUGACGACUUCUACGCUGUCCAGAAAUUAUGUAUACGUUUGCUGCAAGAUAUAUUUGAUAUUGGGAGAUGUUAAAUAUUAAAUAUUGAUAUUAAA